AAUUAUCAUAAUUGACGUGCCAAAUAACACCAUGGCGAACUCUCUAUUCCCUCAUCGAUGUUCGGUCAACCUCAGCAGCUGGUUCCGAACCGAGGAUUUCCGAUGAUGCAAAGAAGACGAGAGGCCUGAGAAUCCAAGUAUCAACCCGACUACCCGUUUUUAUUUGUUCUAGUAUCAAUGACUGAGGUGGAUACAUAUUUUAUCUUAAUGCCAUGAGUUGUCAUGUACAUUUUAUGGAUCGUGUAUACUCCAGUGUGGGCUAUCCUUCUACAACAAGCGCCAACAACAAUCCAACGCAUAUGGAAAUAGAGCAUGGGCUGCCCACAAACUCUAUCUUCCCCAUGUUCGACGUCUACUAUGCGUUAACAACGGCAAUGCUGGAUGGAACUGCGGUCAUUCGGGGGCGGAGAUUCAUUAUUGUAUUUUUCCAUGUCAUUUUUUUUUUUUGGGCUUGACACCACCUAUUCUGUA